AGUAUGCAGAAAGUGGUUCAGUGAUUGUGACUCUUCAGUGACACCUUUACAUCUAUCUUUAUUUAUCACAAUGAGAAUUUUUGUGACCUUGGUGCUUUUCGUUGCUGCUGGAAGUUGCAGUGAGGAGAAAGAUCCUAAAAAACGACAUAUUGGAGGUGCCAUUGGUCUACAUGGUUCUUACGGUUCCGUAGGCUUAGGCUUCGGAGCUGGUUUGUACAAAACCGGUGGUUAUUAUGGUUCAAGUUAUGAUGGAUAUCACGGUCUUUCUGGAAUCUCCAAAUUCGGCCCAUCAGGAGGGUCUCUCUCUGGUGCCUAUGGACUUGGUUAUGGAGGUUCCUAUGGGGGUUCCUACGGUUACUCAGGUGGCCUUCAUGGUCACAGCAGUGUUGUCCAAACAGUCCCGGUUCCUGUAGAUCGACCCUAUCCAGUUAAAGUCCUUGUGCCACAUCCCAUUCCUGUAGAAAAACCCGUUCCUGUUCCGGUAAAGGUCCCAUUCCCCGUCAAAGUCGGUAUCCCUGUAAAAGUCCCAGUCCCCCAUACAGUUCCAGUUCCAGUUCCUGUGCAAACCCCUGUGUAUAUCAAUAAACCGUCCUUUGUGGCAUCAUCCGGAUCUUACUUGGCUUCUAAACCACUCAUUGGCUACGGAGGAAUAGGCUGGGGUGGUGCUUUAGGCGGUCACUUAGGUGGUCAUUAUGGAGGUUAUGGAGCCAUUGGAUCAUACGGUGGAUACGGAGGACAUAUCCACAAUGGAGUAUAUUGUGACCAUAAUCACGGCUUCAUAGCCUAAAUGUACAUAAUUUCUCCACAAGACUAAUCCUUUUGUUUUAAGACUAAUGUAGAAUUUUAUACUAAAAAAAAAUAAAACUUCUCUCUCUUUUGUAA